AUGGCAUCAAAUCCUCAAAGAGGCGGUGGUUCCCUUUACGGCGGCGCUGCUCUGUAUAGAUCCAGAGAUGGGCUUAGCACUAGAAACGCUACAGGCUCAGAAGAAAUCCAGCUGCGGAUUGAUCCAAUGCACUCUGAUCUCGAUGAUGAGAUCACAGGUCUCCAUGGCCAAGUGCGGCAAUUGAAAAACAUUGCUCAAGAAAUUGGAUCAGAAGCCAAGUUUCAGAGGGACUUCUUAGAUGAACUGCAAAUAACAUUGAUGAGAGCACAAGCCGGCGUGAAGAACAACAUAAGGAAACUGAACAUGAGCAUCAUACGUAGUGGCAACAACCACAUCAUGCACGUUGUUCUUUUCGCGCUCCUCUGCUUCUUUAUUCUCUACAUGUGGACCAAGAUGUUCAAAAGAUGA